UACCGCCAACAAGCAAAGCAGCGGUGAGCGAGGGCAGCGCGUACAAUUCAUCGUCAAGACACACUUCAGCAUGGCCGAGCAGAUCGAAAAGGCUUUCCAGAAGCAACACCUAUUCCAAAAUGCCAAAGCGCGGGGUGGCAAGACAACAAAGGCCAAGCGAUGGUACAAGGAUGUCGGUCUUGGCUUUAAGACCCCAUCAGAGGCAAUUCACGGCACUUACAUCGAUAAGAAGUGCCCGUUCACGGGGAACAUUUCUAUCCGUGGUCGUAUUUUGACGGGUAAAGUUAUCUCGACCAAGAUGACACGGACAAUUAUCAUCCGCAGGGACUACCUACACUACGUUCCCAAGUACAACCGUUACGAAAAGAGACAUAAGAACCUGGCUGCUCACGUUUCACCCGCAUUCCGCGUUGAAGUUGGCGACACUGUAACAGUCGGUCAAUGUCGACCGCUGUCAAAAACCGUGCGGUUCAACGUGUUGCGGGUGGCGAAGAACAAGGCGGCAGCGAAAGCCUUUGGGAAAUUCUGAGACACCAGGGACGGGCUUUAUGAUAGCAUCUAGCAUAUAUAUGAUUGUCCUUUUCAUUCCGUGUCGCACUAUGCUAUGUCUACAGCAUGCAAACGAGAUGUGGUUGAACGGGACAAA